CCAAAAUGUCCCCGAACUAAUUUUCGAAAGAAGAGAGUUUCCGAAAGGAAUCGCGGACGAAAUUUUUCGUAAAUAAUCCAACAAAAAAACAAUAAAUUCCAUUGAAAUAAUCCACAAAACCAACAUGAAUAUUCAAUGAAAACAAAAAUGAAUUCAGUGAAGACGUUAAUAUUAAGUGAAAGCCUUAAGAAGUAGAUUUCCAAAAUCCAAAAUUGUGAUCGCUCUCUCUUUCCGUGUUCCGUGCUCCGUCUCUCGUCCACCAAUCAGCCCAGCAGUGCUCUAGGGAAUGUUUUUGUUUUUAUUAUUUUCUUAUGUGGCGACGAGAACAAAAGAAAACUUCUUAUUUUCUUGCAAAGCAAACAAUUUUCGAUAAAUUUCAUUGUAUUUGAAUUUUUACCAAAAAAUAUAAGAUUAAAAUAAAGUUAUUGCAAAUAGAAGAAUAAAGUUCAACAUGUUAGUGACGACGACGACGUCAAAGUCAAAGACUCGUACAAAUUAUUAUCGUCUACAAUUAAAAGCGAAUCCAGCUGCAGCAGUUCCAACAGAAACUUAUAAAUAGAUUCGAUUUUACUACUACUCAGCUCCGUCUCCGUCUCCGUGUUGCUGCCAUCUGUUUAGAGAGGACGAGUGGUCUUUUCUAGUGUUGUAAUAUCAUCUGGUUCGGGUUAAGCUACCUCUAAGCAACAAACGCCCACUCGGGAGUCGCUAAUCGGGAAUUUGGAAUUUGCAUCGAAAGUUAGAAAAGAUAGCAGCUAAGAAAUUCAAGGAAGUCCCCGCGCGCUUUUGACCUGCUGCCCUUUUUAUUCAUAAUUCAUAUAUUCUCGUAUACCUACCUACAGUUGCCAUUUCCUACCUACCUUACGUUCUUUGUACAUUCGUAUCUCGUAUAAAUAGUCGUUGUUGAGUCGUUUACUUUACAUACAUAAAUUCUAUCUACUCUGCGCGCGAGUUGUAACUCCAAGCUUUGAUUUGGAUUUCGGUUUUGAUUUGUGUAAGGGACGACAAAAUGGGAAAAAUCGAUUGCAUGGUUGUAACGCUGUUGUUGGUUUUUGUGGCUCAAACAGUAUGCGGAUCAAUAAUAAACAGCCCCAAAGUUGAAUGCGAGCAAUAUAAUGAGAAGAAUUGCUCUAGAUCGCCAUCGCAAUGCACACCAGUUGUGGAAACAUGUAAAAUUGACUCGGAUAAGUCGCCCAGUUGCUAUGUCCUUUGGUCGACGGAUCCUGCGACAGCCGAAGUGAAAAUAACAAUGAAGGGUUGUUUCACUGACAGCCAUGAGUGCAAUCAAACAGAAUGCAUAUCCACUGCUGAGCCACGUAACAAUAUGAACUUUUGCUGUUGUAAAGGUUCCCUGUGCAAUAGAGACCAUAAAUGGAUCCCAACAUCAACAGAGGCUACAACUCAAGUUCCAAAAGAGAAAACGUCAGAUGAAAAUUUCUUGUACGUUUUGCUUGCCAUUCUUAUUCUGUCGGUUCUUGUGGGAAUCUUCCUUGCCGGACUAUUUGUUUACAAAAAACGAAAACAAGGAAUGUUCAAUGAAAUACCAAGUAUCGAAGCUGAAGUAACAAGUUCGUCACCGUGUCUGGCAGUACGACCAAUAGAAUUGCUGGAACUAAAGGCCAGAGGACGAUUUGGUGAUGUUUGGCAAGGAAAACUUCGUAACGAAGAUGUGGCAGUUAAAAUAUUCUCAAUGCAAGAAAAAGACUCAUGGAAUACAGAAAUAGAAAUAUACAAGCUUCCACGAAUGAAGCACCCAAACAUUUUAGAAUUUCUCGGUGGGGAAAAACACUUGGAAAAAAUGAAGCCCGAAUUGUGGCUUAUUACAGUUUACCACACAAAUGGUUCACUUUGUGAUUAUUUGAAAGCUCACACACUCACUUGGAAUGAUUUGUGCAAAAUAGCCGAGUCAAUGGCAAGAGGAUUGAUGCAUUUGCACGAGGAAAUUUUGCCAACAAAAACAGAAGGUCUUAAGCCAGCCAUUGCCCACCGAGACUUCAAGUCAAAAAAUGUUUUGCUAAAAAGCGAUUUGACUGCAUGUGUAGCAGAUUUUGGCUUAGCUAUGAUUUUCCAACCAGGAAAAUCUUGUGGAGAUACACACGGCCAAGUUGGCACCAGAAGGUAUAUGGCACCUGAAGUACUCGAAGGAGCCAUAAACUUCAAUCGUGAUGCGUUUUUACGUAUUGAUGUUUAUGCAUGCGGGUUAGUGCUGUGGGAAAUGGUUUCAAGGUGUGAUGUAAAUGGACCUGCCGCAGAAUAUGCCCUGCCAUUUGAAGCUGAGCUUGGCCAACGGCCGUCGCUCGAAGAAGUUCAAGACAAAGUCGUUGGGAAGAAACUUCGUCCCCGCAUUUUAGAUUCUUGGAGAUUACACCCAGGUCUAAGUGUGAUAUGCGACACAAUGGAAGAAUGCUGGGAUCAUGAUGCAGAAGCGCGGCUAUCCUCAUCAUGUGUUAUGGAACGUUUCACCCAGUUCAACAAAUAUCCCCAAAUGCCACUUUUAAUAGAGACUAACAGUGACAACACAAUAAAAGAUACGACGAAUUGUUUAUAAAAUUCAAUGAUACAUCAUAUUAGAUUUUAGAUGUGAAUGUUUUAUGAAGAAACAAAAAAACAAAACAAAAAUCAAAAUCAAAAAAGAUUCAAAACGCAUAGUUUCAUGUAAGUAGAUCCAUACCCCCUUAGAUUUAUCGCACAUCCGUUUUUGGUGUACAGAACGAAAGAUUUAAUCUUAAACAAAAUAAGAAAAUAAAUAAAUAAAUAUAAAACAAUAUUAUAAGAGUAAAAAAAACGCGCGUACAUUUUAGGUAGCUAUAAAUAAUUUAGAAUUCAUAAAAGUUAUACAUACAUACAAAAUACAAAAAUAUUGUUGACAAUUUAAAAAAAAAGUUGACAAUCGAUUCGAGUAAGUUGUGUAAUUCAUAUAAUUAAUAUACGACUGAUUGAACAUUGUUUUUUUUUUAUUUAAUAAUAAUAUGUUCAAAAAUUAGAAAAAUAAUAUUUUUUUUUGUCACACCAACAAUAAGUCUUCAAGCCAAUAAAGUAGUUUUCGAAAAUAUAUUUUGUUUAUAGAGGAAUGUUUAUUAAUUUUUUGUUUUUAUUUCAUUUAAUUAAAUGCAGCUCAAGGUAAAUGUGUUAGUUAAUUAUUUUUUUGGAACUAAUCUCACCUAGUAUUGUUUUUUUGUUUCUCUGUGCUUCUUCAAUGUUUUUUUAUAUAUUUAUUUAUGUUAAGCUUUUUUUUAUAAUUAAAAUACAGUUAAAAUAUGUCUGUCUGGCCAUAAAUACUAAAGUUAUAGUUUGAAAAAUUAAUUGUUUGAGUCAACAUACAUUUCAAACAGAAAUCAAAUAAAUUGUGGUCUUCCAAGUGUUAAUUUUAAUGUUAGGGCGGAAUUGUUUUUAAAAUUAGGAUCAUAAUCUUUCUCUUUCUUAGUUCAAAUUGUAAAAACAUCAUACAAAAUAACUUACAAUUCAGAAUUAUAAAUUUAUUUAAAAACAACCACGACCUAUUGAACAACAACUUUUUUAAGAAUAUUCUCUUUUUCUGUUGGUAUACACCAACAGGUUUUAAAAUUCAAAUUUUACUUCUUGGAUCUUAACUAUCAAAACAUUUUUGAUAGUUAAAAAACUGUAACUUUACUUUUAAAUUGUUUUAUUAGUUUUCUUGAUAUUUUUUAAAAAAUAAAUUAUAUUUGACUCCAGAUUUUAUUCGGUGUAAAUUAAUAAUAAAGUUUUGGAAACAUUAUUUUGAAUAUGUAUUAUAUCGCUUCUCAAAUUGGCACUAGUUAAAAAUUUUGUAUUCAAAAAUUUGUAUUAUAAAAAUAAACAAGUAUAUAUUUUUAACAGAGGGUAUUUAUGACUGGACAACAAACAAAAUCUAUAAAUUUUAAGUUGUAAGCAUAUUUUAUAUUUUUGUUUUCGGUUUGUUUAUAUAGAAAUUUUAAUUUUUUAAUUAAUUUUAUUUUUAACUAAUGCUUUUUAAGUAAAAUAAAAUAUAUAUUUACAUAAUUAUUUUUAAUUAAAGACAAAAAACAACUUUA